UAUGGACGGUCGGGUUUAACUGCACUGUUGCCUUCUGCAAAUCAGCUCCACGCAUCCACAAAAACCAGAACCGGGCAUCAACAAAGAUACGAAGCGAACGAACUGCCAAAAACAGGAAAACCCCCAGACUUCGUGGAUAGUCGGAAAAGCUCGCUCUGUACUUUCGGGUGGCACGAAAGCUUCCGGCUUUGGUUUGCAACCAACGAGGGAAAGUGUCGUGUCAGUGAAGUUUGUUUGUCUAUCGCAUCAGCCUCACUGUUACAUCGCUGGCAAACCUAAGCGUGCUUCAGUGCAGUUCGUUCGCUUGCACAAGGCGGAAGUUGCUACACAUUGCAUUGGAACUGUUUGCAAGUGCCAUUCCCAAACUGUCCCUCCCCAUACGGUACCAUCGUGUGCAGUGCUUGUAAGUGUGUAAAUGUGAAUUUUGUUUGUGUUUUUUUGCUUCGAUGCCAGUGAUAAAUUAACUCCCAGGGUUGGAAUAUAGUGAGUGGUAAGGAUUGCUAAAGACGACGUGAGGGUCGUUUAUCGUUCCCGGUGUGCUUUUUGACCCCCCCCCCCUUCCCAUACGUGACGUACUGUCGUGUGCAAGGUAGAACCGUACAGCUGUUAGUGUAGUGGAGAGUAAAUAUUUACAUCCAUCCUAAACGGCGCAAGAACGUCCACUUUGUGGAAACUUGUGCAGAAGAUGUUCAAUAUUGGGUCAGCUUAAAUCACGGUUGGAAAGUGUCUGUGUUUUUUUUUGUUUUCUAGUUUGUGGUGCGGUUUUUGCAAGUAAAAUCAAUCUCUGUUUUAACCCCUGUCUGCAAGGUGAUGAUGUAACCAGAACCAGUAGUGCAUUUGGUCAAGCGAUGUGUAAAGUGCGAUGAAGUGAAAUGUAGCAAAUAGUGGAAUGGAUCUCGUGUAACCAAACUUGAACCUAAACCGUGCUUUUGCAUUAUUGAACAACUUUGUCACUUCAUUCACUUACUGGACGACUGAGGGCUCGUUGUACUUCUACGCCCUGCUGGAUCAACUUCAAGGAAACAGCUGUUAAACUAGCGCUGACCCAUUCGGGGUCGGUCUCUAAAUUGGACCUUCAGAUCAACGCAAGAAGUGAAGUGUGAAGACACCCGGACCAGGACCGGAAGCAACGUUUGCCGGCUUGGCUUGACGGAAACCAUUGGUGGCAGCGUUUGAAGCGAGAAGUAUUCCACUCAUCGCAAUACCGAUAGCCAGUGUAUCCCUUUGGGACAUUCCAUCGAGUGUUUUUCAUCGUCAGAAUUCCCACCGUCCGGCACGAUGGUGUUCGUCAGCUCGGCUGUGCUCGGUGCAGCCGCCGGUACCGGUUUGGCCUUGCUGGUCGCUGUCACAAUCGUCAUGUACCGGUACUACGUGGUACGCCGAAAGGGUAAGGAAUGGGCCGAGCUGGACCGACUGGAAGAGAAAAAGGCAGCUCGGAAGAUCAAUCUGCAGGACUGUAACGUGACGAGCGGUUCCGUACCGAUUCAACCAGCCAGCAGCGUAGUUCAUCAUUCAAUUAGCUCGGAGACGCUGGGCACGGGUGCAGUCGAAGUAACGCCCAGCCCACUUCAGCCGACACUGUCCGCUACGGGUUCGACGAAAAAAUCAUACGGCACGAGCGACACACGCACGGGACCCGGUUGUCGACCGGCUCAUGCGGCGGCCUCGACCGCCUCACGUAACAACAGCAUGGAGAGUGUUCAUUCGAGAAGUUCGAGCUACCGGGAAAGUGUGCCUAAAUUCAUGACACACGCUAACAGUGACACUCGCUCGACUACUUCUGAUAAUCUAAUCCUUAGGAAAUCCCGAUCACCAAGUCCGAUGCGUACGUUCAGCCUGGAGGGACGUUUUCCUAUCGGUGGCCCGAGUAAUCACAGUGCUGCUGCAGUACUUGCCGACGGUACGGAACGGGGUAGCAAAGCCAGUCUAGCAUCCGUCGUCAGUGGUGGUAGUCCACGCGAUUUCAGCUCACCCAAGAAACGCAACAGCACCUUCUCGGGCGUCGUGUCACUGGCUGGCGAUGGGAACGUCCCGGACAGUCCCAUCGGUUCCAUCCGUUCCGAUAGCAGCCGUUCGCCCCGACGACGCGUCCCGGUGAUUCUAGCGGCAAACGACAUCCACUCGGUACUUGGACGCUUUCAUCUGCGGUUAAAGUACGACGGCAGCAAGGAAGAGCUGCUGGUACAUUUGGUUGAGGCACAAGAUCUAACUCCGGCUGGAGAUACCGGAUUCCGCGAUCCCUACGUAAAGAUGUACCUGGAGCCGGAUGAGGAGCAGCGAACACAACAGACGGCUGUGCAUCGUACCGAAACGCAUCCGUACUUUGACCAGCAGCUUUCCUUCCCGCUGAAACCUCGCAAUCUCGUCAAGAGCAACUUUGUGCUGCAGCUGUUGGACUAUGAUCGGUUUUCACACGACGAAGUCGUAGGCGAGAUUCGGUUCCUGCUGAACACGUUGGACCUUUCAGGCUGCGAGCUGUGGGGUGAUUUGAUCGCCGUUCGCAAACCCUCCGAAACGACGGCCGAGCUGCUGAUCUCCCUCAGCUACCUUCCCCAGGCCGAGCGGCUCACGGUGGUCGUGAUGAAGGCAAAGAACCUAUCCAUCUCCCAUGAACCAUUCGUUAAGCUAUAUCUGUUGGUAAACGACAAGCGCACGAAAAAACGUAAAACCAGUGCGAUCCGAGCGCUCGACCCAACCAAUCCGAUAUGGAACGAGGCGUUCACGUUCGAGUUGCCCUCGUCCCAGCUGCAGGAUGCCGGCGUGGAGCUAUUCGUAACGUCGAACGAGGCCGAAGGGCAGGAUCUGGGCUGUGGGGUGGGUUUACGCGAAGGUGGCAGCGGUACGCAGCACUGGCAGGAUCUGAUGCAGAACAAUCGUAAACCCAUCGCCAUGUGGCACGUUCUGCGAUAAGACGCACACGCGGAACACAUACGUGUGCUUCAAAACGCACACACAAAUCCACGUUGACUAAAAGCUGUAAACGAAGGAGAAAGGGGAAGGGGUGGAAAAACGAUAAACGAUCCUUUCGGGAGCAGUAAAGAAAGGAUUUGGCGAGAUAAAAAGAAUAGUGCAACGAAAGGAUAUAACACCCGGCAAGAAGGGCAACGUAAACCUUACCAUCCCCCAUAAAACCAAAGAGAUGUAACUAACCUGUGAAGCGAACAAAAAAACAGGAGGGCUCCAACUGACAGAACGGGGCCGCGGAAAUGGUAAGGCAUUAUCAAGGUAGUUUUGUUAUGCGUAUUACAUAUUUCAUGCAUGUAGCAUACAGCUGUUUUGAUGCGAGCCGAUAUUUUGCCUAUCUUAUUAACAUUGCGCCUAAAUGUAUGCAAUUUGUAUAUCAAAAGGUAUCAUUUUUGUCAAUGUGGGUGUGCAUCACUGAAGCGAACAGCAGACGCGCUAAACGAAAGAGUAGAAAAGAAAGAGAGGACGAAUUAUGCCAGCAUCUGGCUGUGGACCUGUAAUGUUUCACGAAUUCGUUGGCUUUUUGUGUUUGCAAAAUUGUAUUCCAUGUCGCAAUGAGUUAAAGAUUGCUUUCGAUAUGAAUCUUUCCAGCCAAAGUUUGCAGAUCAUGUUUCAAAGCUCUUGUCGGAGGGCGAUUUCCAUAAAAUUUUGCACAAAAAAAAUGUUUCAGUAUUUCGAUAAACAGGACAUAUAACGGAAGGAUCUAGUUAUAAAAUUGCAAAAGAUAAUACCCAAAGUAUGUUUGCUGUUACGCAAAUGUUUCAUUCUUUUCUUUGUUCUUUUGGUUCGUUGUUCUGUAUGGUCUUAUACUUAAAAACUAUUUUUUAAUUGAAUUUUUGCUACUGAUUGCUGUGCAUUCAUUUUUUUUUAUUUUUGAACCAAUUCUAAAUAUUAUGUUCUAUAUUUAAGAAACAAAAUCAUAAGAAAAUGACACAGUCCCUUGGAUGGAAUAAGGCUUUGAUUAAAACAGAUAAAAGAAAUUUGUAUUUCGCAUAAGGAGAUGUAGUCAAUUAUGUUUUGGUAAUGUUAAUAAAUGUUUCUUCAAUUAAAAUAUCUCAAAAAUCAUUGAAAACUAUACACAAAAACUAAAAGCCUACACAAUUCAUUGCUCGAAAAAAAUCGUGCAAGGUGUGACUAGAGUUGUUGUGUUUUUUUUUUAAGAUAUGUUAUCAAAUGUUAAUGUCACGGUUUCAAACAUUGAUACAUAUUUCAGUAAUUGUUGAAAACAUAAUGUUUUUAUAAUCAAACAGCAUAAAGCAGAGUUUUCUAGAUUAUAUCGAGUUCUGUUUUAUUGAGAACAGUUUUACUGAUUUCAUACAACCAUACAAAAAAUUACCUUAAGUACUUGCACAAACACCGUUGUAAAAUGUAGACUGAUGAAAAGUAUGAUUUUAUUGAAAUCAAAGGAAAAACAUAAAAUAAACGAAAAUGCUACUAAGAAAGCAAAAGACACAUAGAGAUAGUAUAUAUUUAUUCAGCUCAAGUUCAGUAGAGAAACGUUUAUGAAAGGCCUCAUAUUAAUGAACGGAACAAUGUUAAAUACACGCCAGAGAAAACGAAAUCGCUUUGCCUAUGAAUGCGGUACAAAUAAAGAGGGGAAAAAACCCAAGACCCAUCUAACGAAAAUGGAGCUUAAACGUGGCAGAACAGCAAAGCUUAAAUAAACAAACGAAACCAAGUAUUGUGAGUGUAUGAGCAUAUAUUUAUAUAAAAUAUUUUAAAACAAAUGUCUAAGCUGGAAAGGGUUAGGGAGAACUAAAAAAACAACAAACUAAGUAACUAAAAAACCAAAAAAAAUAAUACAAACGCUUCAACACACAGUAAACUAUAAAUGUUUUAUAUGCCGUAGGGAAAACAACUUGGAAGAUGGACACCAUAUGAAAGCGAGGAAAUUAGACUAGCAUGUACAAGAGUUUGGCGACUGAUGUAAUGAGAUGUAGGAGGACAACAACAAACAAAAAACAAAAUUAACGUGAAAACGUAAUGUGUGCGUGUAUGCGUGUCCCAUAUUAUAUUCUACUGUAGUAACGUACAUUUGUACGCAUUCGUAUGAUUAUACAAAAUGGCACUAUUUAUACGUAUAUUGGUACAUAUUAUAAAUAUACAUAUAUAUAUAUACACAAAACUAAUGGUAUGAUAUGAUCAUAGAAAAGAAGAACAAACUGCGAUCGGUGUCUGUAUCAAAUACGGAACUGGAUCAUAGAAUUACGUGUACCAAUCACACUUAGGAUGCAGCUAUUUUUGUGAACCACCACUAAAUUACUCCCUGUUCAUCAAUAGCGACAAACAAACAUAGAAAACACACAUAAAGUGGAUAACUAUAAAGAACUAUCAAUUGUACCUUCUGCCGCACACUGAACGUAGCUUCCAUGUAGACAAACACAACUAAAUAAGAUGGCAAAUUCACCUCAACAAAUUAACACACGAAACAGAAAUUGAAUCCCAACCUCAAAGGAUUUGUUUGAAUGCUCAUAGAUCCUUGCUAGAAGUAAAUGGUGGUACUGUAAUUAAAUAAUCAAUUACAACACUCAAACAACCCUGCUUGGGCGGGGGGCAACGUG